UCCGCGGGUGGAGCACGUCGGGCCGCCUGCUCAAUCCCCUCUCUCUCUCUCUCCCUCCCCCCUCCCUUUGCUUCCCUUGUCGUGUGGGCCUCUCUUGAAAAUCCUAAGGAGAUAAUGGAGGACUUAUAUAAAUUUUCUGGUAGUUGAGGUGUUUAGAUGGAAUAACAUACAAUGAUAAUAAGUACUUGGUGUAAGUGUUAAGGAGUUUGGGAGCUGGGUUACUCAGAAAGUGGUGUAAGUCGGCAGCAUAAAGUGGAGCCCGUGUGUGACCUCUCAGUGUACAUGUGGCAGAACGAGGCCACCCAGUUACCCUGAUCAAUAAAACAUCCGUCAGAUAAUUACGUUAAUAUAUUUCAUUCACUAAUCAAGACCCAGGUGUGAAAAUAAGUGAUAUUUAGAGUAAACACGCGCGUUCACUCACAUUUACCUUAUCUUUAGACUCAAACACACUAUUAUAAUUCAAUUAAACACUUAUUCGGAAUUGUCUCUGAUUUCAAGCGUGCAUAAGUGAGUGUUAGUAGACUUAGCUAGGUUGGACUUUCACUCGCUAAUUGUUGAGAUGCAGCAAGCGGAGGCGUGACCUUGCUGACCACCCGCUGCCCCCACACUGCCGCACACCACACCACUCGCAUUGCUCCAGAUCAGCUGUUCCCCAUGUGACCAUCCACGAGUGUUUGUUUACGUCGAGGUGUUUGGGUGUGCGUGGCGAGGCAGUGGUUGAUGCCUGGCUGCCGCUGCUAGGAUGGGAGGUGUUCACGCCUCGCCCCGUGCCAUGCCCUUCGUUAAAAACCUCUCCAUCACAAAGCCGUCAUCUUCAGGAGCACCAGCAGCGCCCGUAGAAACACCAGCUUUAGUGUCAACACCUCUAAGCGUCUUGCAAAUCACCUAAGUUGUGGUAACACGGCGAGGCUAUAGAUAUGAGAGGUGUGCAAGAGCUAUGACGUAACGUGGAGGCCUCAGUCAAAUGUUUGGAGAGUCAUGGUAACGUGUUGGUGGUACGAGUGACGCCACGAGACCUUAGAACAAAAUUUAUCUAGUAAACUGAAGAAAAAAAAUAUUAAAAAUAAACAAAUGACUUACGGUGGUGUAUUGUGUUGAUAGUUUCGUGUUGGAGAAUUAUAAAGUGAAUCUUUACUGUCUUAAAGUGAAUGUCAAGAACAGAUUAAGAAACAAUGCAUAAUACAAGGAGGACUGAGAAGCCAAGGUGGCAGACAGAGGCAGAGAUGAAGCGUGGGACUGACAGAAGAAGAGUACCCAAGUGGUCGAGUUUAAGGAUCGUCCGCUGUUCAGUUCUUCUGGUAGUGUUCUUCUGUCAGCUGGCCGCCACUUCUUACGGCUGUCCGUCAGCCGGAUUCAACGGGAAGCAUCCUCUGCAUUUCUACCUUCCCCCUGUCAUUCCCUUCAUCCCACCUGUCUACCCCCCUGUCACCAUCCGGACAAACAGCUGUUCUCUGGGCUCAGGUACCAGAAUACGAUGGCGAACGGACGGACGAUGUGGGACCCACUUCCCCCUAGCGAAUCGGACGCCUUCAGAGUGUGACCCCAGUAGUGACCGUCCCUGCUGCAGCGACUACGGCUACUGUGGUAACUCCCCCUCCCACUGUGGCUGUCUAGACUGCAUCGACUUCAGGAACGUGAUCCGUGAGCCUGGGUGUCACUUUUCCCUGGCGGGUGAGAACGGGUUCCUCGAGUCCCCCAAUUUCCCCAACCAGUACCCGCCCGGCCGAGACUGUUGCUAUGACAUCGCCAGGCCCAGCCCUAAGCACUGUGGAGUCAGGCUUACAGUGGAGAACUUGGACGUGGGUCGCGGGGAGGAGGAAGGCUUCUGUAGACGGGACUGGGUGUCGCUGCCCUCCUGUGUACCUGAAAGAGGCACCAGGAUCUGCGGCAACUCCACCGGUCAAGUGUUUCAGUACCUGUUCCAGCCCGGAGCCUCAGCCAUUAGGUUCGUCUUUCAUGCCGGUGAGGUGUCGGAGGGUCGUAGUGGCUUCAGGAUCAAGUACCAAUCGCUGACCACGUGCACUGGACCCUAUCAGACACAGACCCCGCCAAUAUCAGUCAUCCCGGGCACAUCAUCAGCGCCCUGCUACACCAAGAUCACAGAUAUCCGGGGCACCGUCAAUACCCCAUACCAUCCCAAGAAGUACCCAGACAACCUCGACUGUGUCUACGAGUUUAUCAGGUCUAGCCAGGAUGUGUGUGGGAUAAGGAUGCAGUCUGUCACCUUCGAGAUGGACCCGCCCCUCAUGACUAUCUUCGGGGGCGCCUGUACAGACUUCCUUCACCUGCCCUCCUGCGGCUUCCUCUGCGGCAAAGUUAACUUCUCUUGGGUCGUGUCGUUCCAGCCUGACGCCACCAGUCUAAAGUUCCACUUCCAUUCAGACGAGACUACUGGCCACACCGGCUUCCUCAUCAACUUUGAGCAAGUGACCGAGUGCUGACCUGACCUGACUUCUCUACGUGCUCCACGAAGAUGAGGUGAUCAUUGGUCACCUAAGCAUCUUCAUCUUCUUCGAGCAAAUGAUCCAAUGUUGAUCUGAUUUGAGCUUGUUUGUGGUCCAAUCACUCAACGUUGACCUUCAUUUUUACUUCAUGUUCGGAGGGGUCACAGGAGUCGUCAGAAUCAUCAUCAUCUUGUCGCAGCUCAUACACUGGUGACAUCUUCUUGGAGUUGUGUUUUAAUGAGAUUGAAAGCCGAAUAACAGACAACUUGAUUCAAUGUGGUGAACGACCAUAAGGGAUUUUAAAUGGUCAGGGUCGAGACAGACAAAUCCCUAUCAUUGUAAAAAAAAAUCAGCGGAUGCCUAACACGAGAGACUGAGAUGAUACGUGUUUACGGUGUUUACAAAUAUCAUUAUUACUGAUUUGAAAUGGAUAUGCAGAACACAACACAGAAAAUACGAAACAAAAAACACAGGGCCAUUAGGAAGAGAAGUGUGAACAAAUUGUUGUCAAGAGAGGAUAAGAAGUGUGUUUGGGAUAAAGGUUUCUACGAUGAGGGAAAUGUGUUGUUUUGGUUCAGUAUCGGGCAUUUGAUUUUUAUACCUAGUGUGACGUGAGAGAGUUUGUGUGGUGUUGGCAUCUCUCAGCGAUGGAGAGGCUUUAAUGACCAAAAAUAUGUUCCAAGCUCAAUUAGACAACACUACAUUGAUCUACGAAAUGGCAUUCAGGAGCGAACCAGGAAGCAGAUUAUCAUUCACUUCAGUUAUAACAAUAUGAUGACUUAUUUACUUUAUUAUGGAAGACUUUAACAGGUGGUGUAUAUUUAGGGAUAAUUUACAUAUGUGGUAUUUAUGUAUUCUGAAGACCUGGUGCAGGUGUGUACAGUAUGGUGUGUGUUUCAGGUUCUGUUUUAUUCACUUGUAGUCUUCUAUAAGAGACACAUCUGGCUAUGUAAAUAUGAUAUUUGAUUCAGAUCAGUUCAAGAAUUUACUAACAAUGGUCCUUAGAUGGGAAAUUAUCCCUUGAGAUUAAACUUAAAUACACAGUAUACUUACUGCAUGUGGUCGGACGUGUAGUAAUGCUCUUAAGUCUGACAGUGCAGUUCAAAGCAUUUGUUUACUUCCGUCUCGCCGUGUGGUUGGAGGCCGUGUGAGGGUGACGGCGGGGAACACGCACUUUAGGCAACUCACCCAUUAUGCCUCACAAAAUAGGGCAUAGCUUUAUCUUUGCUCAAAAGGUAAAACAAUUCUUUACCCUGUAAGAUAAUUUGCGACGGCGCCAUCUGCUGCCUAGUCAAGCACGACCAGUAGUAGCCAUGAGGGAAAUGCUUAUUUUGUACACAGCUUCUGUAACUCUCUUGCCAUUUGAAGCGUUCAAGUCCUGUCACAAUGGACGAAAAUAAGUAAAAAAAAAAAGUGUAAAAAAAAAACCUUUCGUUUCCAUCAAAAUAUAACUUCCGACCAGUGGAUCAACCUUUUCUACGAAAAAUAUUCAACAGUGAUAAAGUAUAUACACAAAUUGUGUUAAGUUCGUUUCUUU